UGGAUUUGGGGAUUCUGGAUAAGGGGAACUCAACCUGUAGAAACGUUGUAAAUGCCGUCAGUAAAAUAUUGGUGCUGCAUUCACAUGCAGGGAUGCUUUCCUUUAAUACGCAAGGAUCAGAAAAUCAUCAAACUCAUGAUAAAACCUAGGUAAAAUUGAGGGCAAGUUGAUAGAUACAGAUGUCACUUUUCUAAGCUGCAAGCCAUGCCGACACUUUAUGCACUGGCUAAAGUGGGAUAUGCUCACAGACACAUGUAUAUAAAACAACUUCCCUUUUUAAUCUUGAAAUUUUUGUUGUUUUUCUGCAGCAGACUGAUAUGGCUACUGCUUGAAAGACAGCAGGCCUCAAGGAGAACAGGAUGUGAGGAUUUGUGUCCAUGUGCCUGCGCUGCGCUGAAGAAAUGGGGAAGAGUUGUGUGGCGGCGAUAAAGGCACCCUUUUUCUAGGCCAAAAAGAAGUAGCAAAAGAAGUGGCCCAGGAAAACAUUGGAUUGGGGCCAUGGCAUGCAGUUGCUGUGGCCCUGAUCAAGCGCUCAAAGAGGUGGCAGCAGACCGGUCCUUCAGGGUGGUCUAUUUCACCCCUAAGUUUUUAUUUUGACAUCACAGUCAAAAUUUCUAUGGAUUCUGACACUAUCCAAGAUUCCAUAUGAUCCUGACUUCAACUUGACAGCCCUGCAUUUCUCUACCCAGAUAAAGCAAAUGGCUCUUUCCCACUUGUCGAUCAAGCCUGGAGAUUGCAUCAAAGUGAAGGGGAAAGUUGCACCAUAUGCAAAGAGUUUUGCCCUGAACUUGGGCCAAGACAGUUCGAAUCUGAUUCUUCACUUCAACCCUCGUUUCGAGAGUCAUGGAGAUGUCCAGACCAUCGUGUGUAACUCCAAGAUGAGCGGAGAGUGGGGUUCGGAGCUGCGGGAACCCAUCUUCCCCUUUGAAUGUGGAGAACAGACUAAGAUCUGUGUCCACUUUAAUGCUGAGGAGGUGACCGUGAAGAUAGAUGAAGGCCAUGAGAUCAAGAUCCCCAAUCGGCUGGGGUUUGAAUCAGCAGAAUACUUUGCAGUGGAGGGAGACAUCAGCAUCAGAUCCGUCAAGUUCGACUGAAUUGUAGUUGGACUUCCUUUUUCAUAUGUCAGUUCCUGACAGGAAGAACUGUAAAGAACUGGAAAUAAAUACAAACAUGUUACUA